CAGCCCACCCACAUGUAUUAUUGCAGUCUGUUUGUAGGAUAAAGAAGGUGGUCAGAGAGGAAGAACUCGUCAGUGUCUGUCCAGCCCUGCUGGGGAGACGGCGGAGAGGCACCCCUCGCCAGUGUCAUUCACCAUCAGGCUUCUGGUUUAUAAAUCAGUUGCUUGUGCAGAGGGUCAGUGUGAGUUGGCCCCCAGGCCUGAGUGACUCUGCGUCCUCAGGAGAGCCUGAGUGUGUGACCUGCAAAGCUGAGAUAUCUUUGACAUCUCUUCGUAAACCAGCGGUGAGGCCACCACCUCAUUCACGACUAAUGGAUCUGCUGCUACCCCUGGUACUCUGUACCCUGGCCGUAUGCUGUGGGGCGAGAUCCCCACCUGGGCCCCCACCUCUCUUCCCCCGAGGCUGCAAUGACUCAGAUGUGCUGGCAGCCUCGGACCUCGCCCUGCAGGACAUCAACAGGGACCAAAGAAAAGGCUUUGUGCUGAGUCUCAACCGAGUGAGCAAUGUCUACGAACACAGACAGGGUGAUCUGGGAUCAGUGUUCUAUCUCACUCUGGACGUGUUAGAGACUGACUGCCAUGUGCUCACCAAGAAGCCAUGGAAGGAAUGUGGAGUGAAGUUCCCACAUGAUACAGUUUAUGGUCAAUGCAAAGUGAUAUUUUAUAUUAACCAGCCAAGAAUUGUCUAUACACCUGCUUAUAACUGUACACUUCGCCCAGUUUCUCGAAGAAAGAUUGUCCAUACCUGCCCUGACUGCCCCGGCCCCAUUAAGUUGUCAGAUGCUAGUGUUUUGGAAGCUGCCCUUGAGUCUCUUGCAAAAUACAACAGUGAGAGCACGUCGAAGCGGUAUUCUCUCGUCCAAGUCAUCAAGGCUUCUUUCCAGUGGGUGGUUGGCCCUUCCUACUUUGUGGAAUAUUUAAUCACAGAGUCACCAUGUACCAAAUCUCAGACUGAGUCUGCUGCCAGCAAAUGCCCACUGCAGCUCCCUGAUGCUGAGCCUGUUGGUAUUUGUAAAGGCUCUGUGAUUGGAAGUCCACUGGAAAAGAUUGUCUCAGUGUCCUGCAAAUUCUUUGAAACACAGGUGGAAGAGCCCCAGAAGACAAACACAGCUCCCACCAACCCACCCUCCAAAGCUGUGCCGAAAGGAUCUGUCCAACACCUCCCUGAAUUAGAUGAUGGGAAGCCCAAAGAUUCCCAGGAAGAGGGCCCCGUUGAGGCCUUCCCUCUGCAUCUGGAUCUAACCACGAAUCCUCACGGAGAAACCCUGGACGUCUCCUUCCUCUUCGCGGCACCUGGGGAGAAGAAGGUGUUUGUCUUCCCCUUCCCCAAACAAAAGCGACGCUCUGCUGAGUGCCCUGGACCAGCCCAGGAGGACAACCCUUGGGUUCUCCCACCAUGAAGACCACAUAGAAGAUUGCAUGGGGAUGCAGUGCCCUGCAGGAAAUGAGAGGUGGUGGGGAAGGGGGAGAGACAGACAUAGAGUUCAAAUGUAAAGAGUAGCUAAUAAAGUGUAUCUUCUUGGC